GCACGUCUGUAUUGGUCGAAGGGCGUCUCAUCGAAGAUGAUGGUAACUGCAAAUUGAGAUGGGGCACCGAAGCAUAGCUCUCACUUAGGGCCUUGUUCUGCCUCGAGAUGCACGCUGUUUCGACUAGCUCGAACGCACCACUCUCCGCCAAGCGGCAAUACGACAGUAUGCCUCCAGAACAUCUUGUCGACAUCCAUAGGUUGUCGAUUCAUUUCGACUAGUACCUUUGCGGUGUGGUUCAGGCCAGAUGUCAUUGAAGGAGCGCCGCCAUCCUCUGACAAACGGGGCGAAUGAAUUGUGCUGGCUUUUACGAGUCGAUCUGCUCUGGGUCGGACCAAGACCGUUCUCGAGGUUGUGGAUGAACGAGUCCAGACAACAAGAACUUCGUAGGAGGGAGACUCGCCAGUUGGGCAUUGGAAUGGAUGCGCCAAGUUCAAUAGGGCCCGCAUCGUUGAUGUUGAAGGAGGAUAGAGCUUGGUUUCUGUGCUGCCUCCGUGAGUGGGGUGAAAAGGGCAAAUAUUGCUAUUAUCGAUGCGACAUUCGGAAGAAGUGGACAUUCGUACAAAAGAUGAGGUUGCCAUAAGGUUGUUGCCUCUCGAAGAGUCAUGCCGCUUUCCUAGACCACAUCUGUCUGCCCUGGACCCGAGGAAGCGGGAGAUGGUGACGGGUAGAUACGAACUCAAUCCAUGAACACGCC